GAAUUGAUGGAACAAUUGUGUAAAAAUGGCUACUUUGAAGGAAUUGGGAAUCCCUACCUGAAAGGUGAAUUGGAUGUGAAGGAUGCAAAUCGAAUUCGGACUGCUUGUCUUAAUUUUGCUCGCGACAGGUUUGAUCUUAUGAGGUAAUGACUGAAUAAUUUGAUGAUGUUCGUUUGCUUUAUAUGCGGUAGCUGUACGAGAUUAUACUAAUUUUGAGCUGUUGGAUUGAACAAGAAAAGUGGGUAUUGAUUUGAAUUUUGUUUGGGAGCUUAGUUGUUUGUAUAUAAUUUGGUGUUUUUGAUUGUGCAUAUAACCUGUUUGAUGUUGGAACUGAGUGAGAGAUUUGACUAUAUGUGGGGUUAACCGUAGAAUUGUUUAUAUUCAAGUAAUGCCAAUACUUGUCAUAUGGUAUAUUUGGUUUGUGAUUGUGAGCAACCAUUUCUUGUAUUCAGUUCUAUUAGAACCUCUCCAUUCAUGGGUUGUGGCAGUUAUGAGUGCCUUUUUUUGCUGAACUUUAAGUCAUCUCAUAUUGGAUUCAAAUGUAAAAUAGAAAAAGAACCAUCGCUUAUUGAUCACAGCAAAGGACUGUUAAUUUCAGUUUUGGGUUAAUGUUCAAGAAAUCAGCGAAGGACUCGUACUUUUCAAGGAAAGAUAUCCAGCUAAUUGUAGGAUCUGGAUGUCUAGUGAUAGAUAGGAAAGUUAUCAACUCAGGGAAGCGUCUAAGGGCACAUAUGGGUAUUGAUGAAGGAAAUGUUUGCAGCUCCUGCAUUUUGAGGGGAAAGUGCGAUAGGGCAUAUGUAAUGGCACGUGAUGGUGAAGAUGGGCGGACUGUGGAUGUGAUGCGCAUCUUAUUAACAUAUGGACUUGAUCCCGUUACCCAUGUGGUUGAGAACAAGCCGUGUCUAAAUAACUUUGUUAAGGAAUCAGUGAGAAGGUUGCUGAAGGUAAUGGUAGAUCAUAGCAUGAAGGAACUGAAUUCUGAUCCCCCAACUGCCACCAUUACCAAAUGGGACCCAUCUAUGCAAGAAAGUUCAGUUCACCAAGUACAAGGUCAUAUCAGUGUCUCAAUGAAGCAAGGCGAUUGGAUAUGCUCCAAGUGCAAGUUUAACAAUUUUGCCCAAAAGACCAAGUGCUUGCAUUGUGAUGGACUAUUCCCAGAAAGACUCAGAAAACUAGGAGAGGAUCAAAAUCAUCUUGCAUUAAAGAAGGGAGACUGGAUAUGUUACAAAUGCAAAUUCUUGAACUUUUCAAAGAAUACAAGAUGUUUUCAGUGCAAUGACAAACCACCAAAGCGGCAACUCAAUCAUGGGGAGUGGGAAUGUGACUCGUGCAACUACAUCAAUUUCAGAAGAAACAUAGUAUGCAUAAAAUGUGAUCAUAGACGGCCAAGAGUGUCAUAUUCUGGAGGCACUUAUGCUCAACCUCAACAUUGGGGUUAUCAUCAUCCACAGCCUUUUGAUGGGCAUGAGAGGCCAAGGAGAGACAAGAGGAGUUAAUAUGUGGAAGUUCUUGGAUGAUGAAAACAAUUACUGUGAUGACUCAAAACUAGCCUAAUUUGGUCCAUGAUUUACAGAUUUUCCCGGUGCAGGCCAGAGAAAUUUCUCUUGGAAUACCCAAACCCUGAAAAUAUUAUGGAUCUAUUGAUGAUGAUGAAGAGGUGACCGAAUGGUUUGGAGUCAGAGAUAAAUACAACCUGGAUCUAUUAUGGAAGAUAGAUUGAUUAUGAGGGUAAAGUGAUUGAGAAAUGGUUCAACUUAUCCAAGAGCCUCUAAAAGGUUCAACUUAUCAUUUCUUUUUCUUUUUUUUUGUCCAUAUCUUUUUGUUCUCAACUUGUCAUUUUGUCCCCCACUUGUCAUUUUGUCCCUUGUGUCCUGCUUGUUUUUCUUGGUAGCCAAGAAAAGAAAUGGUAAAUUGAAAUCCUAUGACGGGAUGUGUUUUUCUUUUCUUUGCUUCUCCAUACCCAUGUCAGCCGCCAUACAAAAUAUAGAGACAAUGUAAUCGUUACUAAUUUCUAUUUGUAAAAAUCAUCCAACAAAGCUGCACAAACAUUUACGGCAUGCUACUACUUGUAAUUUGUCAAUAUUAGUUUUUGUUAGUAAGACCCUUCAAAUUGUUUCAA